AUGGACUCCUCUCUUGGAGUCCUUGCUUCUGCUCAGUGUGUCACUUCCAUUGUGUCUCUAACCCCUCCUUACUCAUCUCAAUUUAUAACCAAGAAAAGAGGAGUAGAUGAAGUGACAACCAUGAGUGGGCUUGGUUGUGCCACCCUCACCAUCUACCUUUGGUUUUUUUGGAUCACCGUUUUCAUAUCCUAUCAUAUCUGCAUCCUUGCUUCCUUGGUUGACAUGCAUAUUGCUAUGGUCAAGUUUAUAACCACAUUAUACUUGUUUUUAUCUGCAGACCCAAAGAAACAAUUACAGUUGGCUGUUCAAGCAGUUUUUGACUCCUGGGACAGCCCAAGAGCUAUAAAGUAUCGGAGCAUUAACCAGAUAACCGGGUUAAUGGGUACAGCAGUGAAUAUUCAAUGCAUGGUGUUUGGGAACAUGGGAAACACGUCCGGGACAGGGGUCCUCUUCACUAGGAACCCGAGCACCGGCGAAAAUAAGCUCUAUGGGGAGUUUCUAGUUAAUGCUCAGGGAGAGGAUGUGGUAGCUGGAAUAAGAACACCGGAGGACUUGGACACCAUGAAAAGUUGCAUGCCUGAAGCUUACAAGGAGCUCGUGGAGAAUUGCGAAGUCCAUCAUCUUGAAUACAGGGACAAUCAAGAGGAUUUAUAA